AUGAUGUUGUGUCACCCUGGUUUCUCCAUCAAAAUUUCAACGGCACGAUUUGCAAUGUGCAUGAAAUAACGCACUUCUACCAAGCCGUUCACUUCGCACCAUAUAUCUUGGCAACUUGGAUCCAAUUCAAUUACAUCCAUCGUAAUGGCAGAUGGUGACCAGCAUUUACCUUCCGACGCCUCCACCCCAGUCGAUGAACACGAAAUCAAGAAAAUCAUUACUGAGGCAGAUGAAUUGAAGUUGGAGGGUAACGAAUCGUUCCGAGCCAGUAGAUGGAGUGAAGCUCUCGUGUCAUACAGAACUGCCCUAAGUCGACUACCCAGACGAAAGCUGCAGCCUCCUCUACCGGAGAGCUCACAGAACGAUACGUCGGAUCAUGGUGGUGCCCAAUCGGCAAGUUCAAGCAACGUGCCAACGCGAGAGGAGGGGCCAGAGCCAACCAACAUCCCCUCUGAGCUGGAGGCAAAAUGUGCCAAGGCUCGAGCAGUGUUAAAUGCCAACAUUGGUGCAUGUCUUGUAAAACUUAGUGAUUACAGCGGUGCAGUUGAAUCAUGCACCCAGUCGUUGCUCGACGAUCCUCACUAUAUUAAGGCCCUGCAACGGCGGGCAGCUUCUAACGAACACCUCGACACAUGGUCGUCUUUGACACAAGCACAAGAAGACUACAAGUCACUCCUAGAAUUGCUACCCCCUACAUCUCCUCUGGUGGCACAGACCAAGCGGAGCCUGCAGCUUCUUGAGCCUCGGCAGCAAGCGGCUCAGAAGAAAGAAAUGGCCGAGAUGACGGGCAAGCUGAAGAACCUUGGCAAUAGUAUACUGGGCAACUUUGGAUUGUCUACUGACAACUUCAAGUUUGAACCAAAUGGGCAAGGUGGUUACUCGAUGAACUUUGUUCGAUAGUAUCAAGAUCUUGAAUUCCUUCAAACUGCAGUAUGUAUUAGAAAUCACGUCAUCAAUGUAUAAUGCCUGUCGAUUUUGGACUGUCGUCCCGUGUCUCAAUGUUCGAUGUGGGUUGCGUUCUUAGAGAAGACGGUGAACCGGUUGAACGGGUAAAUCCUGGCAGCGAUUCUGCCUCUUACUAGGGCCAUAGACACAGGGCCAUAAUCGCGCGAGUCUUUUGACCAAGCGGCAUUGUCACCAGCAAUCCAAAUGUGCCCCUUGGGGAUGACGACAUGCUC